AUGGAGAACGAAAACGAAUUUGGUGAAUAUAAGGAACAAGCUGAGAAGUCUAUCAACUCGUUGACUGCUCAAAAGGCUGAUUUACAGAAGGAACUUGAGAAAGAAAGAGCAAUGAAACAAGAGGCUGAUAAAGAAACUCAAAAACUUAGAGCUAAAGUCACUGAUUCAGAAGCUAAAUUGGCAGACGCUAGUGCUACUGGAGCUUCUUUUGCUAAAUUGAAAGCGAAAUAUGAAACAGAAUUGGAAGGAAUCGAAACAGAAAAGGAAGAAGCACAAAACGCAGCUGAUAAAGCUAAGAAACAAGCUAAACAGUAUGCCAGAAAUGUUGAAGAGGCCGAGAGAAAGCUUGCAGAAUUUGAACAGAAAGAGUCUACUUUCAACACUCAAAUUGGUAAGACACAAGCAGAUAUGAAGAAGACACAACAAUCAGUCAGAGACGGCCAAUUGAGAAUUGUUGAGUUGGAAGACAUAUCAGAAAAUUUGGUGAAGAUCUGA